GUAGCCGUGAUCGGUUGUAUAAUUUUUUUGUUGGAAAAAAAUUUGUCGGGAAAAUUCAAACUAAAUUUUUUUUCUUAUGACCAAAUUAGUGUUUUAAAUAUUUGAGUGAGUAAAAUAGAAAAAAAAUAUAUUUAUAUAUCAUUAAAUAUGACGACAAGAGAAGACAUUGACGCGAUACCGAGUAAAUAUUAUGAGACGAUAGCUCAUUAUAUAUUAGGUUUAAAAAAUUUAUCAUCUAAACACGAUUUAUCAAAACCGAUGUUGCGAUUGUCGGUAAUUAAAAUAUAUCCAUUACUUAUAUUAAUUUACUCGGUGUUAAUUGCUGUUGGUGUUGCUGCAAAUAUAACUAUGAUAAUACAUAUAUCAAAAAAUAAAUUAUAUCGGGAUCCUACUUAUGCAUUCUUAAUAAAUAUCGCAAUAUCUGAUAUCAUUAAAUGUAUAAUUGUUUUGCCGAUAACACUCGCGGUUUUAUUGAUACAAAAUUGGGUGUUUGGAAAAUUUUUAUGCUUGUCAUUAGCUAUGAUACAGGACAUACCAUUUCACGUAUCAAUGCUGACAUAUUUACUGAUAGCUACUGAUCGAUACCGUUUGUUAAGUGAUCCUGGAAAACCGAGAAUACCAGCAUUUGUUUGUGCACUAGGGUCUUGGUUCUUCGCAAUAUGUAUUGUUCUCCCGUUCCCAAUUUAUACUACUUACCUUGAUCUUUCCGACUACAAGACAGAAUAUUUCAACGGCCUUGGAAUUUGUUUGGGAAAUUUGAUAGACGAUAUCCAGCAAUACAUGCGAGGACUGUUUCUACUAACCUAUAUUGCACCGUUGACGGUAACAGCAUAUAUUUAUGUUAAAUCAAGCCGCGAGUUACAGAAUAAAGAAGAUCCAUCGAGUACUAUUGCAAUAUUUCAAGCUAGAAGAAAAGAUUCUUCGCGACAUGAUAGUGACGUCAGUGCUAACUUGAUGGCUUAUCGAGAGGGUAAGUGUGGGAGCGGUAGUUUGACAACAACAACUGCUACCAUUGGGUUCUCUGGAUAUACUGCAAAUACUUACGAUCUUGAAAUAGAUGUCCGAAGAGAAAUACGUACACAGAAGUAUCUUAUUUUCAUGGUCUCCUUCUACGCUAUUUUGCUGUGUCCAUUGAUGGUAUUAAAACUGGCCAAAUUAGCAUUAGUCGAAACAGAAGAAAAUGAAGGUCACUUUGACAUUACUUAUACGAUGUUUGUUUGGCUCGGUUUUAUUCCAACAGUUUCUACGCCACUCCUUUAUGCGUCUUGGCAAAUGAGCAGACCAACAAAAGAACGUUUGAAAGGAUAUUUCCAAUCUUCAAGUCGAAGACUGACAAAGGUUUGUGAGGAGGGUGUAAGUAUAUCUACACGUCGUUCAUUACAUCAGAAUAACAUACAUUCCGGAUUGGCUAACGUCGCUUAUACACAACAUCCAAGAACAACAAACAACAGUUCAAAUGGUAGUAAUGAGGGUGAGGGCAUUCAUUGUUCACCUGGUAACUUAAGUAUACGCAGCGCCGAAUUUGAUAAUAAUAAUGCACAGAUUAUGUAUCUUGUACGUUAAUUACCAUCAUUAUUAUUAUUGUUAUUAUUAUUAUUAUUAUUAUUAUUAUUAUUAUUAUUAUUAUUAUUAUUAUAGUGAUAUAUUGAUUUGAUCCAUUACGUAAAAUGCUACACCAGGGUUAACACUGAGGAACAAUGUUUAUAUUGAAUUACCUUUUACAUUAUUCAAUAAGGUUCAGUGGUCCUUGAAUGAUACCCUAACAAAAUAUUGUUGAGGCUUCACAAAAAAAUUUUUUGUUAUUGAAGACAAUAUUUUGAGCUGAAUUCAAAGCUUUGCUUAAUAGAAACGUGUAGCUUAACAAAUAACAAUAUAUAAAUUUCUUAAAGUUAUAUUAAAAUUUAUAAUUAUAAAUGAAUAUUUUUUUAUUAAAAACUAAUCAAAAUUUUGUUGUAUUUUAUAUUUUUAUUUAAGCGUGGAAAUAGAAAAAUAAUAUAAAUCUAACAGUUCAAUAGAAUUGUAAAUAGUCUGUUAAUUUUUAAAAAUUCCUCUAGUCGAUUUACAAAUUUUAACAUUUUUUGGAUCAUCCGAGAAUUUCGAUGUCCGGCUAGUACAUAAAAAAUAGUUAAUGCAAUUAAUUCAGGAAGAAAUAUAAUAAUGGAUGGAGUUUAAGUCUCACUCGAUGUAAAUUAUCAGCACAUCCAAGGUCGUUUAUUGAGUAACGUCACUUUUAAAUGAGCGCUACCUUAUCAACGUGAAAAAUUUUUCCAAGAACGUAUAUGCGUGGUAAAUUAACCAUAAUGCGCAUGUGCAGAUCAAUUGAGCUGGCGCAGAGUAUGUUUUGUUGAAAUUAAGAACUUGGACUGUAUGGUGCUGCCACAGACAAAACUCGGCAUUUUUCUUCUUGCAUUAAUUACAUAACCUAUCAUAUACAUCUAGUAAGAAUUAGUAUUAUACUCUCGUGUGUUGGCACCACCCGCCUUAGGUUCGUGUCCACAACUUCACUCUCGAGUAUAAUAAUAAGUUCUACAAGAUCGGUAAGACACUACAAUGCCGUAAUUAAAAAUUUAUCAAAUAAAGCACUACCUCUCUGCUUCGCGUUCGAGGGGUGCAAUAACUAGCUACAGAUACUAUUAAUUUCAAGCUUGAAAAGUACAACGAAUUAGUUGAAAUUUAAAAAAUACCUUGCCAUGGAAUCGAACCGGUGAUCUCUCGAUACCCAGUACCAAAUCACUGCAUCAACUAAACCACAGCAGGCUUCGUGAUUUAAAUUAUUCUUUACAUCUGUACUAUGUAAAAUCUAGUAAUUUGAUUAAAAUUACCACUAUAAUAUCUAAAUUGUCAUAUGAAAGCUUUUAUUUCUUAUACACGGAAAGAAAUUUUUCGCGGAUACCACUAUGUUGUAUGGUCGAUUCUACCAUACUGUAUGGUAGCAAAGAUUUUUUCAUUCGUUUAAAAAUUGUGAGUAUAGAUGAUUUGACCAUCACGGGAAUGGUAACAUUCACGAUAGUCAUGGCGGAUGAGCCUAUGUCAGUAUGGGCGUCAAGCCCAUACUGCUUGGCGGUAUCCACAAUGCUUCUGGUAGAUAACGCUAUUCAAUAUUGUCAAAUUACUUAUGCUAAUAUUGUAGUAUUACCAAAGUUUAUUUGAUUCAAAAAAUAGGUUAUAC